AUGACGCUUAUAUGUCGACGACUGAACGAAAAACUCGGCCCUCGAUUCUGCCAGGAGCACUUGACACAAUACGCGGAUGACACGCAUUCCGCGUGGACUUUUCACAGCUACGAGGAACUUCGCAAGUGUGUUUGGCAACUUUCUGUUAUUAUGGAAACCCUUGAGGAGUUUGGUAUGUCCCUGAAUGACGACAAGGCGCAAAUUCUCUUCACUGUGAGGGGUACUCUGAAGCAAAAGGCACGCAGCGUUUUUACCACCAAGGUUCGCAACAAUCUGGUGUUUGUGAUUGAGGGUGAGAAAGGCACUCGACAUGUCCCUUUGGUGCGAUCUACUGUGUAUUUGGGAGCCAAGAUUUCAUACGACCAGUUCGAAGCGCAGACGAUUGCACACAGGAUGCAGAAGGCCAAUGUUCGAUUCUGGCAGUUGCAGAAGUUCUUUACGAGCAAACGAGGUCUUGGUAUUCCUCAAAGGAUUCGGAUGUGGAUGGCUACCAUUAGGCCGACGCUCAUGUAUGCAGUUGAUUGUUGCUUGGUUGGUCCCACUCUCCAACGCAAAUUACAGACUCUCAUCAUGAAGCAUUUCAGAGCCAUCUGUUCGUGUCCGUCACACAUCUCUCAUGUUAGCGACGCAGAUCUGCUGGCUAAGUAUCGUGUCGAUGGUAUAUCUGACUGGCUGAAGGAUGCAUGUGACCGCGAUGUAAAUAUCAACGACGCGAUUGGCAUUUCCACGGCUACACUUGCUGGAUGGCAUGCCAAAAUGAGUGAGACCUUGAAGGCUUCCCAACAUCGCCUCACGCACGUGGCCAAAGAGAUUCAACCACAUGCCUGUCCCAUGUGUGGUGUGUAUUUUGAUUCUCGCAAAUCGGUGAAACUGCACAUGCAUCAGAGCCACAAACCUACUAAAUCCAACGAUGAUUUGCAGCCUCCGAACACUGCUUCUGCUGAACCUUCGGAUGAUGUGACUCCGACAGUUCCAAAUGUCACCGUGACCACGUCAGGGCAGUCCAGUCGACUGUUGAGUGGUGCCCAGACUGCCACGGAUGCUGAUGCUGAUGCUGAUGUUGCAGAUAGUGUACGAAUGUCUACAGCACAGGUUGUCCCGGCAAGAGAGUGUGUCGUGACUCCUUCUACACAAUCUCCGGAUCUGCCAAUGGUUACUGCGAGACAGGGCGGCGCUGGUAUGGUCUUUGAUCGAUCAGUGCACUCCCGAGAUGGUCUUCCUACUUGUUCUGGCUGUGGGGCUAAGUUCCGCAGGUGGGAUAUUCUUCGCAAGCACAUCAACAAAGGCUGGUGUCCCGUCUUUGCCAAACAUGAUGCACCUGCUGUAUCCGCACUUAGUGAUGUGAAGGCGCUUGCAGUACAGGAUCAUGAGAUGCAAAACAGGGUGCAGCCACAGCGCAUUCCAAACAGUGUACGCCACUUUUUCAGUGUGCGGUCUUGUGUCAUGACCAUGGACGUGGAUCGGGCGGGACAGCUCGAGGAGUUCUUCGGAGGACUGGCGAACUCGGACAUUCCCAUGCUAGGGGAGGCGAUCAAUCAAAAGCGCCAAGCAGAUCGUCAGAGCCUACCCAACAAGACGGAACUGCCGAUCGAGCAGUUGAUGGAGAUUGUUCGAUUAUUGGUUCGCACAUCGGUGCGGCACGAAGAUGCUAUUCAGACUCUCCGCCUCGACACAGGCCUGGUAUGGUUUGUGAAAACAGGGGACGGGACUCCGGACACUACUUCGAUCAUUCCGUACUUGCAGGCCGUGGCUGCGAAAUGGCAUGGAAAGGAAAACACCGAGAUGUCGGAUCGACCACUUCGGGAGGUUAUGUUCAUGGCCAUUCUGCAGAGGUUGUUGACAAAGCUGGACGAGGUCGCCAAGGAUCAGGCUGUGGCGCUUCGGUGCCAGCAGGCGGGUUGGCUCACCACGGAGCAAAAGUGGGUUUAUCAGAAGUGGUGCAAGGAAACUCGUACCCUGGUACAAGACAAGACCAAGGUCCCGGUACUGCAUCAAACAUUGGUUACAUCGAUCAGGAACAUGCUUCGUAUGGUGGACGAGGGCCCGGUGCUACAUCGAUUCUGCUCCACACGCAAGCUGGAUCAGUACGAGACCGGAGUGGCAGUGUUUGUUCAGGACCUGUCGAUUCGAGAUCCCAACGGCACCCAGGUGUAUCAGGGGUUGUUGGACUACCAAGGCAAUACGGCGUGGCAACUUAUAGGCGCGCAGUACAGGAAGGAGAAUUUGCAGCGAGCCCCGGCAGUUCAAGAACUCCUUCGCAGACUGGCAAACGUCUAA